UCAUUCUUUUUUAUGACCUAGUAAUACUCUAUUUUACUCAUUAUUUUAUAAUCAGGUAAGUGGCUAAACAUUUUUAGUUCUAUUCUAGAAUCUCUUCAUAUAACUCUCCGGCUUGUAAAACUUAUUCUUAGAAAGUUUGGUAGCUCAUCAGUUAUCAGUACAAGAUUAAGGCACAUAUUCAGCAUCACAAAGUUAUGUCAGUAUCUUCGUGGUAGAAUUUCAGAGUAUUUUAUAAAAAUGAGCUUAAUAAUUGGUAAUUUGUUUAUCUUGUGAUGAUUUUGUAUUAACUUUAAAUAUAUAAUUAAAUAUGUUUUAAUUUUUAGCUUUUUGCACUGACUCCUCCUCUCUCAGACUAAGUACUCUCCACAUGGUCAAGAAUCACAUGGCUGUGCACUAUAAUAAAAUCCUUUCAGCCAAAGCUGUGGUAGACUGCUCAGUUCCACUCAGCAUAGGUGCCUGCAUCAAAUAUUUGUUUUCCCCAUCAGAUGCAGAUCAACAACGACGAGAGAAACUCAGAAAGGAAAUAGCACAAUGUGAAAGGGAGUUGCAAGUAACUAAAACUACAGUGCAGGCCAAUUCUAAAAAUAAUUCCAAGUCAUCACUUAACACUCUACAAAAGCCUGCAGAAGAACCACGAAAUGAAGACAACAUGUUAGUUGAAGAAGUGAAUGAAUAUGCGUCCUUUGCAAGGUCACCAGGGACUUCUUCAGAGAGACUGCACCUCAGUCUACCUAAAUCCAGUGACAGCCUCACGGAUGGUACUGAGAAGAACUUCGGUUCCUUCCUGUCCAGCAUAGAUUGCACCACCUCGAGGCCCAGGAAAACACACUCUGCAACCUCCAACAGCCGAAGGCCCAGGAGCACAAAUUCCCACAGGUCUCAGUUAGUCGUUAAAAAAGCAUCCAGUGGGGACCUUUUGGAUAAACAUUCUAAACUCUUCUCUAAUGGGCAUUUGCCAUUCACUCCACGCACUUUGAAAACAGAAGCAAAAUCUUUCCUGUCACAGUAUCGGUAUUAUACACCUGCCAAAAGAAAAAAGGAUUUUACAGAUCAGCGGGUAGAAGCUGAAACCCAGACUGAAUUAAGCAGCUUUAAGCCUGAUUUUGAGACAGUUGAGACCAAGGACUUCACAGAGUCAGAAGUGACCAUAAAGCAGGCAUCUAGUUGUAUGACCUAUGGAACCAAAGAAAACAUAACCCCUUCACCUUCCCAAGAGAAGGGCUUACCAUGGGAAGAGGUUAAGGAUGGCACUCUGCAGUGCUCCCCAGCCAGGGCAUUAUGUCAGUAUUCCGUGCAGCCGCCUCCUUCAAGGAGAAAAAUCUACUCUGAUGAAGAAGAACUGUUGUAUCUGAGUUUCAUUGAAGAUGUAACAGAUGAAAUUUUGAAACUUGGUUUAUUUUCAAACAGGUCUUUAGAACGACUGUUUGAGCGACAUAUAAGACAAAAUAAACACCAUUUGGAGGAGGGGAAAAUGCGCCACCUGCUGCAUAUCCUAAAGGUGAAUUUAGGCUGCAUAUCCAAGGAAAGCUCGGUGAAGCUAGAUGACUUUGAUUUGUUGAAUUUACUUGAUUUUGAAAAGGCUGAGAAUUCAGCACAAAAUGAACAAGAGGCCACAAUUCAACAGGAGCGUCAGGAAUACAGAAAAGCUUUGGAUAUGUUGCUGUCUGAGCCAAAGGAUGAGAAUGAGAUAUUCUCACCAAAUGAUUUUUACCUACCAAUCUAUAAGUUCAAGAAUUCAGAAGAGGUUAUAAUUGAACAGGUGAACGAGGAAACAAAUCUUAGACCUUCAAGUCAGGAUGAAAAAAAUCCAAAUAUUUCUGACAGCUCAGGAGACCGAGAGACCUCUGUGACUAUCAUUGAAGGUGACAGUGACAGUGAAAAGGCUGAGACUCCAAGUGAGCUGUACUGUCCCAGCACAGCCCUGUCCCCGUCCGUCCAGCUCUGCAAGGUCACGGGUGGCAGCGAUCAGGACCUGGAGGAGCCAACUCUGAAAAUCAUGGCUCUGAGCAUUGAGGACAGCCCUGGGGAUGUUUGAUCUUCAUUAAUAAAUGUCCCAAAUGGCCAGUAAUUCAA